AAAACAAAAGGGAGAACCUUCUCCCGGUAGCAGCGGCAGGAACUGCAAACAUGAUGGCGGCAGCUCCCAUCCAGCAGAACGGGACCCACACUGGGGUUCCCAUAGACCUGGACCCGCCGGACUCGCGGAAAAGGCCGCUGGAAGCCCCCCCUGAAGCCGGCAGCACCAAGAGGACCAAUACGGGCGAAGACGGCCAGUAUUUUCUAAAAGUUCUCAUACCCAGUUAUGCUGCUGGAUCUAUAAUUGGGAAGGGAGGACAGACAAUUGUUCAGUUGCAAAAAGAAACUGGAGCCACCAUCAAGCUGUCUAAGUCCAAAGAUUUUUAUCCAGGUACUACUGAGCGAGUGUGCUUGAUCCAGGGAACAGUUGAAGCACUGAAUGCAGUUCAUGGAUUCAUUGCAGAAAAAAUUCGAGAAAUGCCCCAGAAUGUGGCCAAGACAGAACCAGUCAGCAUUCUACAACCCCAGACCACUGUUAAUCCAGAUCGCAUCAAACAAACAUUGCCAUCUUCCCCAACUACCACCAAGUCCUCUCCAUCUGAUCCCAUGACCACCUCCAGAGCUAAUCAGGUAAAGAUUAUAGUUCCCAACAGCACAGCAGGUCUGAUUAUAGGGAAGGGAGGUGCUACUGUGAAGGCUAUAAUGGAGCAGUCAGGGGCUUGGGUGCAGCUUUCCCAGAAACCUGAUGGGAUCAACUUGCAAGAGAGGGUUGUCACUGUGAGUGGAGAACCUGAACAAAACCGAAAAGCUGUUGAACUUAUCAUCCAGAAGAUACAAGAGGAUCCACAGAGUGGCAGCUGUCUCAAUAUCAGUUAUGCCAAUGUGACAGGUCCAGUGGCAAAUUCCAAUCCAACCGGAUCUCCUUAUGCAAACACUGCUGAAGUGUUACCAACUGCUGCAGCAGCUGCAGGGCUAUUAGGACAUGCUAACCUUGCUGGCGUUGCAGCCUUUCCAGCAGUUUUAUCUGGCUUCACAGGUAAUGACCUGGUGGCCAUCACCUCUGCACUUAAUACAUUAGCCAGCUAUGGAUAUAAUCUCAACACAUUAGGUUUAGGUCUCAGUCAAGCAGCAGCAACAGGGGCUUUGGCUGCAGCAGCUGCCAGUGCCAACCCAGCAGCAGCAGCAGCCAAUUUGUUGGCCACCUAUGCCAGUGAAGCCUCAGCCAGUGGAAGCACAGCUGGUGGUACGGCGGGGACAUUUGCAUUAGGUAGCCUGGCUGCUGCUACUGCUGCAACCAAUGGAUAUUUUGGAGCUGCUUCUCCCCUAGCUGCCAGUGCCAUUCUAGGAACAGAAAAAUCCACAGAUGGAUCAAAGGAUGUAGUUGAAAUAGCAGUGCCAGAAAACUUAGUUGGUGCAAUACUUGGCAAAGGAGGGAAAACAUUAGUGGAAUACCAGGAGUUGACUGGUGCAAGGAUACAGAUCUCCAAAAAAGGAGAAUUCGUACCUGGCACAAGGAAUCGGAAGGUAACCAUUACUGGAACACCAGCUGCAACACAGGCUGCUCAGUAUUUAAUUACACAAAGGAUCACAUAUGAGCAAGGAGUUCGGGCUGCCAAUCCUCAGAAAGUGGGUUGAGUGCCCCAAUUAUACAUCAGAUUGUUUUAACCCCUCCUUUACCCCAUUUUCA